GCCUAGGCCCACCCCCGGGAUGUUCGCUGGAAAUCGUGGACGUGACUGGGAGGAGCCUGCUUCGGGGCCGCGCGCACAGGGUCUGCGCCAUCGACCAUGGCGGAGCCCACGGUGUGCUCCUUUCUCACCAAGGUGCUGUGUGCCCACGGCGGCCGCAUGUUCCUGCGGGACCUGCGCGGCCACGUGGAGCUGUCGGAGGCCAGGCUCCAGGACGUGCUGCAGCGCGCCGGGCCCGAGCGUUUCCUGCUGCAGGAGGUGGAGACGCAGGAGGGUCUCGGGGACCCGGAGGCCGAGGCGGCGGCCGGCGCGGUGGGCGGUGGCGGCGGCGCCUCCGCCUGGAGGGUUGUGGCCGUGUCCUCCGUGCGCCUCUGCGCGCGCUACCAGCGCGGCGAGUGCCAGGCCUGCGACCAGCUGCACUUCUGCCGCCGGCACAUGCUGGGCAAGUGCCCCAACCGAGACUGCUGGUCUACCUGUACCCUUUCCCAUGAUAUCCACACACCUGUCAACAUGCAGGUCCUGAAAAACCAUGGACUUUUUGGCCUAAAUGAAGCCCAGCUUCGGAUCCUGCUUUUGCAGAAUGACCCCUGUCUUUUACCAGAGGUCUGUUUGCUCUACAACAAAGGGGAAGCCCUUUAUGGCUACUGCAACCUCAAGGAUAAAUGCAACAAGUUUCACGUGUGCAAAUCCUUUGUCAAGGGAGAGUGUAAACUUCAGACCUGCAAACGGUCCCAUCAGCUUAUCCAUGCCGCAUCCUUGAAGCUGCUGCAGGACCAAGGAUUGAAUAUUCCAAGUGUUGUGAAUUUUCAGAUAAUAUCCACCUACAAGCAUAUGAAGCUGCACAAGAUGCUUGAAAAUACAGGUGAUUCAUCAUCAUCUGCUGAGCGUUCACAAGGCCUUGAGAAGCAAGGAGUGCACACAGCUGGAGCUGCAGAAGCUGGUCCUCUGACUUCUGUCCCUGCUCAGUCAGCCAAGAAGCCCUGCCCAGGUAAACCUUAAAGGAGGUCAGCUUGUCCAACUUGGAAGAUCAGAAAACAAGGCUUCUGUUUAGCUUUAAUUUGUAACCAUUCAUUCCAUUAAUCGUUGAUUGGUAAUGGUCAUAAUAAUACCUACCUCACCGUGUGUUGUGAGAAGUAAAAAAGAUGGAAAAGGAGAAAAUGUCCUUUUGGAAGGAUACAGUCGGGCAUGGGUGGUUGGGGAUGGGGUUGGGCAUUGAGCAGGCAAAGAGAGGCUAAAACUGAGUGCAGGUCGGGCCAGUCCAGGGCAAGUGCUGAAGAUGGCAGCUUCUGCCUACGGUGCCCAGUGCUUUCCUCAGGCCGGGUGGGUGGAGCUCUGCUGACUUCUGUGAUCCACCAUUGUUUUUCUCAUUUUAUAUUGUGGCAAUCAUAGAGUACUUUGCACACUUUUUUUUUUUAACUUAAUAUGGCUUCAUAAUUAUCUUUCUAUAUUUGUUCAUAUCAUACAUAAUCAUAUUUUUGCACAGAUACAUUAAUAUGUCAUAGUUUAACUACUUUCCUUUUUCUAACAAUUUUUUUUUAGAUGGUCUUGCUCUGUUGCCCAGGCUGGAGUGCAGUGAUGUGAUCUCGGCUCACUGCAGCCUUGACUUCCUGGGCUCAGGUGAUCCUCCCACCUCAGCCUCCUGAGUAGUUGGGACUACAGGUAUGCACCACCAUGACUGGCUAAUUUUUUGUAUUUUUUUUGUAGAGAGGGGAUUUUGCCGCGUUGCCCAGGCUAGUCUUGAACUCCUGGGCUCAAGCGAUCUGCCUGCCUCAGCCUCCCAGAGUGCCAGGAUUACCGGUGUGAACCACUGCACCCAGCCUCUCUAACAAAUUUUGAAUAUAACGCUUACCUUAAAAUCUGCAGAAUAUUGAAUUUUUCAAGCUCUUUUUUUACUUUUGCUUAGCUUAUAGAUGCUAAAGGAUGCUGUCAUUUGCAUUUUUAUACUAUUUGUAUGAGUGAAUGGUUUUCUGGGGCCUGCUUUCUGAUUGUUCUUAUUUUGUCAUUUUACAUUUGGCUUUUAUUAAUGGGGCCCUCCUUUACACUGAUGUGGGGCAGCCUUUAAUGAAGCUCCGAAGUUUUCCUAAAAGGAUGUCAGCAGUACUGUGCUUGGAUGAUACUCAAUUUCUAUAGGUCCAUCCUCAGCCAGUACCACAGAGUAUGUAACCUUUGUGUUCUCUCCAGAGACUUCUACCUCACUCUGUCUAUUCUUCAUCUCUUACUGAACUUUUACCAAAGCCCAGUUGCUACAGCUUGAAGGAUGUGUGGUUCAUCCAUUCCUUAAAUCGUAUCCCUUCUUUCUGUGGAUCAGGAUGGACCAUCAGAAGUCUGUAUACCUCCCCCGCUUGAUGAUCACUUUCCCCUUUCUCCCUUCCUCCCUGCCCUCCACCUACCCAGCUGUGUUCAUCGAGUUACAUUUCAAUAUUCUGUGGUUUAUUUUCAUCAAGGGGUACCACAGGAAGCAGCUUUAUGAAAUUAAAUUGGUUCUGUUUAUUGUAGUUAUUCCCAAAUGUCAUUGUGUAAAGUAUCGUUGUUUUUUUUGAAUUCAACCGUCCUACAGUAACAUAACAUUUGAGAAACAGAGACAAUGUAAUAAGUUUUCAUAAAGCUAAAUUAAUGUAGAGAAGUUUUUGUCCUGAAAUGCUAUCUUUCAAUUGGGGAAAAGCAAAAAUGUCCUUUUUCAAGUGAGAAAUUGCUCUGUUUUCUCCUAAUGAAUAGUAAGAGUCGUGAACUUGUGUUGACCUUUUUACUUUCAUUGUCAGCAAUAUUUCUGAAAGCCCUUACAUUCUACACAUUUUGUUUUUUUCUCUAGUCCGGAUUUCUCCUGGUGAUAAUUUUUUAAAAUAUAUUUUUACAUUUUAUUAUUACUACGAUUUACACUUAUCAUUUUACUUUGUAUAUUUUUAUAGUAAGCUAUCUUAAAUCCUUAAUGGAAACAGUGUAGGGGACAAAUGCAUUUCCUUUACAUUGAGAGACUUGGUGGCUUUUUACGUGUUUAUGUUCUGUUUUUAUAUCUUAUCAUUAUGCUUUUAUAUGUGAAGUUAUUGGUCCUCUGUAAUCUUCGUUGCAGUAUUUUACUCAAUUCUAUGAUAGUCGACUUUCAUCUUCGUUUUGUUGUAUUCAUUCUGUAAAAUGUUUUAUGUAAUCAUGCCUGUCUUUCUCUAAUUUCCAUCUCAUGAUUCAGCUGUUACUGCGUUACAGUUGGAGAAGAGUUUUCUUUGGUGAUUUUUUGGGUUUUUUGUAAAGUCGCCUGUCUAUUGACUAUAAAUUCAGCGUAGUCUAAAUUGAAUUACAAAUUUUCCACUAGUCUUGUUCCUCCUUUUAUUUUCUUAUUUUUGAAUGUCACCACUAUCUACCUAAUGACAUAGGCAAAAGCUGUAAAUUGUCCUAUACUUUUCUUUUUGUUCCCUACGUCAAACUGGUAACCCAGUGUUGGAGAGUUUCUCCCCCUCAAAAGCCUCUCAAAUAUUUAUCCUUCUCUGCCCCUUUCUUUCCACCCCCUAUACACGGCCUUGUUUCAAACCCUCAUCACCUCCCUGCGUAUAUUCCACAGAUGCAUACCUCAGUAGUUUUCAAGUUAUGUGUUAUGGGAGUUUUGGAAAAAGGUGCUCUGUUCCCACUGCAGUGAUGGUAGCCCUAUUUCAGUGUUUAAUCGAAUAGGCUUUGUGGAUUUCACUGGUCUCCUUACACUCUUUGCUUUUCCUGCCUUCCAUCUGGCUGCCUGAUGUUUUGAAAGCAAACUAAGCAUACUGCUUUUUUCCUGCUGAAACUUUCCUUGGUCCUCAGCACGUAGGGUAGUAGUCAUAAACUCACAUGACUGCAGGGACUAGAAAGGUGAGUCAAAUGGAUGAAGUGGACUGGAUGCAAGAGAAAUGGGGGAAGGGAGAAGUGCUGUGGCAAACUGUCUCAUCUAAAAGGGACUCCUGCCUCUUGUAUCCAUGUGGGAAUGUGGGUCCACUUUGUCAUAUCUCCCAGUGUUUUUAAACGAAACCAGAAAUUCAGAUUGUUAUGAGAAAUUUUCUGAUUUUUGAAUAUUGACUUUAGUCGAGUUUUAAAAAUGCUGACCAACAUUGUAUGUAGUUGAUCUACUUGGAAUUUCUGGAAUGUGCUGUUUUGUCUUGUGAUUCUCUGUAAAUAAUGUUCCUUUAUUUUUGACAGAGUCUUACUCUGUCACCCAGGCUGGAGGGCAGUGGCAUGAUCUCGGCUUGCUGCAACCUUCGUUCCCGGGCUUAGGUGAUUCUCCUGCCUCAGCCUCCCUGGUAGCUGAGAUUAUAGGCAUGUGCCACCACACCUAGCUAAUUUUUGUAUUUUUAAUAGAGAUGGAGUUUCACCGUGUUGGCCAGGCUGGUCUCGAACUCCUCACCUGAAGUGAUCUGUCCACUUCGGCCUCCCAAAGUACUGGGAUUACAGGCGUGAGCCACUGUACCCAGCCUGAUGUUCCCUCUUUUAUAAGUGCCAUUCCUUCUUCCUUCUUUCUACCUCACAACCUGGCAAAAUUGGAUUCUUCAAAAUGCCAGGUUGGACCUUCUUGACUCCAAAAGAGGUGGCUCCUGUAGCAUUCUCACAGGCCAAGCAUAGCACUUACUUUAUGUUGCAAUGCUGUGUGUUUUUACUCCCUAAUGUGAGCAGAAACAUUAUUUAUUCUUGGUAAUUGUAACACUAGUUAGUGAAGACAUAUUUUUUGCCAUAUAAUGGAUUAUACUUUGUAUUUGAAUCCGUGUGAAUCACUAUCAUUGGUCUUCAUUGUUUUUCCUCCUUCCCCUACUUUUUUUUUUUUUGAGGCAGUCUUGCUCUUUUGCCCAGACUGGAGUGUAGUGGCACAAUUAUAGCCCCUGCAGUCCUGAUCUCCCGGGCUCAAGCCAUUCUCUUGCCUCAGCUUCCCUAGUAGCUGGGACUAUAGGUGCAUGCUGCCACACUCAGCAAAUAUUUUUAGGUUUUUAGCAGAGAUGAGGUCUCACUAUGUUGCCUAGGCUGGUCUUGAACUCCUAAGCUCCAGCAAUCCUCCUGCCUUGGCUUCUGAAAGUGCUGAGAUUACAGGCAUGAACCACUAUGCCUAGCCAUAUUUUUUCCAAUGUUAGAAAAUAUUUUUCCCCCCUAAGGAAUGUGUUAUAUAAGGUCAACAUCUUUUUAGUGCUUCAAUUUGACUUACCUACAUCUAAAGUUAACUCUUUAAGACUUAUAUUUAUGAUAGUAAUUCUUUCCAUCAAGGGAUUUAAUGUCCAUUAUUGUCAUGUUUCUUGAUUUUUUUCAUUAUGCUUGGUUCUUCUUUUUGUCUAGAUUUUAUAUAUGCCUUAUUAAAUUGAUUCUUGGCUGUUUUAUAUCUGUGUUGCUAUCAGCAUGGGAAUCUAUCAUUAGAAAGCUAUUAACUUUUAAAAUAUGUAUCUUUUGGUGAUUGUCUUUGUUCUAACAGUUUUAGAUGGUCUGUUUGCUAUUUCUAAAUAUAAAACCAUAGGUAUUUCUAUUUUUUUGUGUUUCAUAAAAUUAUAAUACUUUUUUUAAUACUUCUUCAUUACAUAUGAAGUUAAUUGUUGGUUUUAAACAAAUGUUCUUUGUUAGGAUAACAGAAAUAACAUCUUCUGUUCUUGUUUGUUGGAAGCUAAAAGCUUGGUAAAAGGAAUUGGUACAAUCAUAUUUUUAUUACUUAAAUUGCCUAAUAUGAUUAUAUUAAGCAUUUUUGUAAUAUCAAUACAUCCUUAAAUUGCUGAGAUAAAACUCUACCUGGUUAUAGUAUAUGAUAUUUUAAUGUAUUAUUUUUCCUAUUUGCUAUACAUCUAUAUAUUCACAAAUAAAAUUCAUUUAUCUUUUA